CCCGGAUGCUGCGGUUGCCGGAGCGCUGCUCCUCAGAUCCUUCCCGUGGAUUGUGCGUCCCUGAAGCUAAUGUGUAGAGAGUUUUGGGCAGGAGAAUCCAGGGUCCAGCCACAACAGUUCUCUCCUUAAUCCACUCCAUUCCCUCCUCUCCCAGCUAAGCUGCCAGAGUGUGCUGUGCAUUUCCAAAACCAAGAAAAGAUGGAUAAAUCUCUGGAAUUGGUGUCAUUUGAGGACGUGGCUGUAGACUUCACCUGGGAGGAGUGGCAGGACUUGAAUGAUGCUCAGAGAACUUUGUACAGGGAUGUGAUGCUGGAGACCUUCAGCAGCCUGGUGUCAUUGGGGCACUGCAUUAGUAAACCUGAGGUGAUACUCAAGUUGGAGAAAGGAGCAGAGCCAUGGGUGAUAGAACAACAACGAAACCAGAGCCUUCCAGAUGUCCAGAUAGUCAGUGACCUAAUUGAGAGGAGCCAAGAAAGUCAUGGUAGAUACUUGUGGCAAGGUGUAAUCAUCAAUGGCAACCAAUCAACUGAGGAGAGAAUGGAGUUAGGAAAAUCACUUAAUUUGAGUCCAAAGCAUAUUUUAAACCUGGUUGUAAAUAAUGGAAACUAUUCAGGAGUGGAGCAUGAGGAGUUUAACAUCUAUCAGAAUGCACUUCUUCCAGAGACUGAUACCGUGCAUGUUGGAGAGAAACCUGAUGAGUGUAAUAUAUGCGAGAAAUCACAGAGACAUCAUGAGCAUGUUAGUCAGCAUCCCGAGAUUCCAACUGGGCAACCUUUUGAAUAUAGUGGAAAAGGAAAAUCCUCUAACACAGUGCCAAAAAUAUUUGCAUAUAAGAAGGUUCAUAUGGGUGAGACCACCUGUAGAUAUAGUGAAUAUGGGAAAGCCUGUAAUAAGUUAGCUGUCAUUGCCCAAGAGAUAACUCAGGUAGGGAAAACUUUUCACUGUGAUGUAUGUGGGAAAACAUUCUAUAAAAACGCUAAACUUACUCGACAUCAGAUUAUACACAAAGCAGAGAAACAUGAUAAAUGCAAUGAAUGUCAGAAAUCUUUUAUUAAGAAAUCAUACCUUAUCUCAUAUCAGGGAACAUCUACAGGGAAGAAGCUUUAUCCAUGUAAUGAACAGGAGAAACUUUUCUAUCAGAAGUCAGACUUUACAAUGUGUCACAGAAUUCACACCAGGGAAAUGUUGCAUGGGUUUACUAAGUGCAGCAAAAACUUUCACAAGAAUUUGCUUCUCAGCUGUCAUCAGGCAAUUCACACAAGUGAAAAAUCAUGUGAAUGUAAUGGAUGUAGAAAGUCUUUCUACCAUAAUUCUGCCCUUACUGUAUAUCAGAGGAUUCACAUGAGUGAGAAUCUAUACGAAUGUCAAGACAUUCAAACUUUCUCAAGAAAGUCAAAAUUCAAGAAACAGAGAAUUCACAUUGCUGAGAAACCCUUUGACUGUAACACAUGUGGAAAAACCUUUCACCAGAAUUCAAACUUCAGCAAGCAUACGAGAAUUUAUAGGGAAUGUGGAAAAGGUUUUAACCAAAAGUCAAACCUGAAGAGACAUCAAAGAAUUCACACAGGUGAGUAUCUAUAUGAAUGUAAAGAAUGUGGGAAAGCUUUUAACGGAAAGUGGACCCUCAAAAGGAAUCAGAGAAUUCACAAAAGUGCAACACAAUUCAAAUGUAAGGAGUGCGGAAAAGCUUUUAACCAAAAGUCACACCUCAGCAGGCAUCAGAGAAUUCACACAGGUGAGAAACCAUAUGAAUGUAAAGAAUGUGGAAAAGCUUUUAGCCAAAAGUCACACCUCAGUGUACAUCAGAGAAUUCACACAGGUGAGAAACUAUAUAAAUGUAAAGAAUGUGGAAAAGCUUUUAACCAACAGACAAACCUGAGCAUGCAUCAGAGAAUUCAUACAGGUGAGAAACCAUAUAAAUGUAAAGAAUGUGGAGAAGCUUUUAACCGAAAGUCAAACCUCAGCGUGCAUCAGAGAAUUCACAUAGGUGAGAAACCAUAUGAAUGUAAAGAAUGUGGAAAAGCUUUUAAACGAAAGGCAUCCUUCAGUUUGCAUCAGAGAAUUCACACAGGUGAGAAACUACAUGAGUGUAAAGAAUGUGGAAAAGCUUUUAACCAAAAGUCAUCCCUCAGCAGGCAUCAGAGAAUUCACACAGGUGAGAAACCAUAUGAAUGUAAAGAAUGUGGAAAAGCUUUUAAUGAAAAGUCAAUUCUCAGUAGUCAUCAGAGAAUUCACACAGGUGAGAAACCAUAUGAAUGUAAAGAAUGUGGAAAAGCUUUUAACCGAAAGUCAAACCUGAGCAUUCAUCAGAGAAUUCACACAGGUGAGAAACCAUAUGAAUGUAAGGAAUGUGGAAAAGCUGUUAAGCAAAAGUCAACCCUCAAUACACAUCAGAAAAUUCACACAGGUGAGAAACGGUAUGAAUGUAAAGAAUGUGGAAAAGUUUUUAAACAAGAGGCAUCCUUCAGCAUGCAUCAGAGAAUUCACACAGGUGAGAAACCAUAUGAAUGUAAAGAAUGUGGAAAAGCUUUUAACCAAAAGUCACCCCUCAGCAGGCAUCAGAGAAUUCACUCAGGUGAAAAACCAUAUGAAUGUAAAGAAUGUGGAAAAGAUUUUAACCGAAAGUCAUCCCUCAGCAGGCAUCAGAGAAUUCACACAGGUGAAAAACCAUAUGAGUGUAAAGAAUGUGGAAAAGCUUUUAACCGAAAGUCACACUUUAGCAUGCAUCAGAGAAUUCACGCAGGUGAGAAACCCUAUGAAUGUAAAGAAUGUGGAAAAGCUUUUAAACAAAAGACAUCCUUCAGUUUGCAUCAGAGAAUUCACACAGGUGAGAAACCAUAUGAAUGUAAAGAAUGUGGAAAAGCUUUUAAACAAAAGGCAUCCUUCAGAUUGCAUCAGAGAAUUCACUCAGGUGAGAAACCAUAUGAAUGUAAAGAAUGUGGAAAAGCUUUUAAACGAAAGGCAUCCUUCAGUUUGCAUCAGAGAAUUCACACAGGUGAGAAACUACAUGAGUGUAAAGAAUGUGGAAAAGCUUUUAACCAAAAGUCAUCCCUCAGCAGGCAUCAGAGAAUUCACACAGGUGAGAAACCAUAUGAAUGUAAAGAAUGUGGAAAAGCUUUUAAUGAAAAGUCAAUUCUCAGUAGUCAUCAGAGAAUUCACACAGGUGAGAAACCAUAUGAAUGUAAAGAAUGUGGAAAAGCUUUUAACCGAAAGUCAAACCUGAGCAUUCAUCAGAGAAUUCACACAGGUGAGAAACCAUAUGAAUGUAAGGAAUGUGGAAAAGCUGUUAAGCAAAAGUCAACCCUCAAUACACAUCAGAAAAUUCACACAGGUGAGAAACGGUAUGAAUGUAAAGAAUGUGGAAAAGUUUUUAAACAAGAGGCAUCCUUCAGCAUGCAUCAGAGAAUUCACACAGGUGAGAAACCAUAUGAAUGUAAAGAAUGUGGAAAAGCUUUUAACCAAAAGUCACCCCUCAGCAGGCAUCAGAGAAUUCACUCAGGUGAAAAACCAUAUGAAUGUAAAGAAUGUGGAAAAGAUUUUAACCGAAAGUCAUCCCUCAGCAGGCAUCAGAGAAUUCACACAGGUGAAAAACCAUAUGAGUGUAAAGAAUGUGGAAAAGCUUUUAACCGAAAGUCACACUUUAGCAUGCAUCAGAGAAUUCACGCAGGUGAGAAACCCUAUGAAUGUAAAGAAUGUGGAAAAGCUUUUAAACAAAAGACAUCCUUCAGUUUGCAUCAGAGAAUUCACACAGGUGAGAAACCAUAUGAAUGUAAAGAAUGUGGAAAAGCUUUUAAACAAAAGGCAUCCUUCAGAUUGCAUCAGAGAAUUCACUCAGGUGAGAAACCAUAUAAAUGUAAAGAAUGCGGAAAAACUUUUAACCAAAAGUCACACCUCAGCAUGCAUCAGAGAAUUCACUCAGGUGAGAAACCACAUGAAUGUAAAGAAUGUGGAAAAGCUUUUAACCAAAUGUCACACCUCAGCAGGCAUCAGAGAAUUCAUGCAGGUGAGAAACCUUAUGAAUGUAAAGAAUGUGGAAAAGCUUUUAACCAAAUGUCACACCUCAGUAGGCAUCAGACAGUUCACACAGGUGAGAAGCCCUGUGAAUGUAAUGAAUGUGGAAUAAGUUUUUUUACAGAGUCACAGCUUAGAAGACAUCAGGAUACUCACACAGGAAAAAACUUGUGAAUGUAAUAUGACAAGUCUUUUACUGAAACUCCUCCUCACAGAAAGGAAGGAAUUCACACAAAGGAAAAUCUUAGUAAAUGUAAUUUGUAUGGGAGAAGAUGUGGCAGAAGUCAUAUCUCAAGACACCGGAGAACUUACAUCAAGAAGAGGACCUAUAAGUAUACACUUGUUCUCAGGUAUUGGAGGUUGUCUUGAGGAUCCCCUAUUGAUAUAAAAAUUUACUGAUACUCAGGUCCCUUCUAUAAAUGGUGUAGUGUUUGUGUAUUACCAAUUCACUUUCUGCCGUGUACUUAACAUCGUGUGUAGAUUACUUAUAAUUCUGGAAAAAAUGUAAAUACUAUAUAAAUAGUUGUUAUACUGUGUUGUUUUUCAGUUGUAGAAUUGAUUCACUUAUUUAAUGUUUUUAUUUAUGUUUGAGGGUUUUUGAUAAGUUGGUUGAAUCACCAGGUGUGUAACCAUCAGAUAUGUAAGGAGGACUGUAAUGAGUGUGAAAGCAUCUUUUCUCCAAAGCCUCAAGGCUGGCUAUGUUUAGAAGUUUGUUGCUUAUAGCAUCAUUCUCCUAACAAAAGGAAUCCCUAUACAGCCACUUACCAUAAAAUAAAUAAAAAAAGAAUCACAUCAUAGCAGGCAUUAGAGAAUUUACACAGGGGAGAAAUUCUGUAUGGAUCAGACUUACUGUCUUUUAAAUAAAAUCACUCUUUUCUCUCUUAUGUGUAGCCUGCAAUCUGAGCAUUCCCUGAUUUGGGUGGAUGACCAUGUAAUUUAACUCUGUUUGGGGGAAUGUAGAUAUAAGUGAUGAACAUUAAUUCCAGUUCAGGCACCACAAUAAAAAAAAAGUUUCCAUGUAUUUGUUCCUGAUUUCUCAUUUUCUCUGGGACUGAAUAAAGAUGACUCGGGUAGAAUUGGGGGCCAAAAGUGGGAGAAAUCCACCCUAAUUUAAAAUAAAAGGAAUUAAGGAAAGCGGGAUUAUUCUCACCACUAUCCCAGAACCUCCAUUUACACAUUAUAUAAGAAAUUAAUUCUUUGUCAAGCCAUCGUAUGUGUGCUCUGUUUGCAUUACAACACACCCAGACCACUCCAGCUGACUUUAUAAACUUUUCUGAGAGAAGUUACCAGUCCCUGUAAAUGGGAAGAGAAUCCUGUGUUGUCACCUUUUAUACCCAAAUCAAUUUAUGGGAAAAUCAGAUUAUGGGGAGAAACAAUGCAAUAAAUGUGGAUUAUCUAUCAGGACGUCUCAUUGAACAGUGAAAAUAAAUCUAAAUCUCUU